GUUCUCAGCUUUGCCACUGCUCUGUGUUAAAGCAGAGGCACUUCAUGAGAGCAGAGAGUUACUGCCAGGGAAAUGGUCUAAACAGGGCCUCCAGGCAUCUGCUGACAGGAAGAACAAAACAUUCAAGAUACUUUUGGCAUACGUGAGGUGCAGCCGCCCCAGCAGGCUCCAGGACCUGGCGCAGCUGAGUCAGGAUGAUUCCUGUCCCUGGGUAGGUGCAGGUUGGAGUGGAAGAGACAGCCCUGGGCUUCGGACGUCUUAACUCUUCUCUCCGCCAUUUGGGAGUUCAUUUGGACUAUUGAACUCUUCUAAAUACAUUGGUUUUCAACUUGAAGCUACUUUUUGAAAGAAAAACAAGAUGUCAAGGAAAAAUGUUUCAGGCAACUUCUCUACAAUGAUAUGGAAAAAACAUUUUUUCAAGGAAACCUGCUGCCAAAGUGGUGCUCCAGACAUGGAAAUCCAAAAUGAGGAGCUGGAGAAGCGAGGAAAAGUAAGGAAAAGAAAGAAGAAAAAUGAAAAUAAACGUGUGAUCGUCUCCAAUUUGCCCUUUGGAAACAAGUGGAAGGACAAUCCAAACAGAUACUAUGACUCCAAUGAAGUUAAGACCACAAAAUAUACCAUCUUAACUUUCUUCCCAAAAAACAUCUAUGAGCAGUUUCACCGCUUUGCCAAUAUUUAUUUUGUGUUCAUUGCACUGCUGAAUUUUGUGCCAGUGGUGAAUGCUUUCCAACCAGAGGUGUCUGUGAUCCCAAUUUGUGUUAUAAUGGCCAUUACAGCCAUUAAAGAUGCUUGGGAGGACUUCCGGCGGUAUAAACUAGACAAAGAAGUCAAUCAUAUGGGAUGCUACAUUUACAGCAGGGAGGAACAUGCUUACGUGGAGAAGUGCUGGAAAGAUGUCAGAGUUGGGGACUUUGUGCAGCUGCAGUGUAACGAAAUCAUCCCAGCAGAUAUCCUGCUGCUCUACUCCUCUGAUCAGAAUGGGAUCUGCCACCUGGAAACUGCUAACCUCGAUGGGGAGACCAACCUCAAACAGCGCCAGGUUGUGAAGGGGCUCAGCAGCCAGGAUACUGUGUUUGAACCAGAAUUUUUCCAAAACACCAUCAUCUGUGAAAUUCCAAACAAUGAUCUCAAUAAAUUCAAUGGUUAUAUGGAGCAGCCAAACCAUGAACAGGUAGGUUUCAACAUUGAAAACCUCUUGCUUCGUGGAUGUACAAUCAGAAAUACUGAGGCCGCAAUAGGGAUUGUUAUAUAUGCAGGUCAUGAAACAAAGGCCAUGCUAAAUAACAGCGGUCCUCGUUACAAGCGCAGCAGGAUAGAGCAGCGGAUGAAUAUGGAUAUUUUCUUAUGUGUGGGACUCCUGUUUGUGAUGUGCCUUGUUGGAGCUGUAGGGCAUGGCAUUUGGACAGGAAACUUUUGGGAGCAUCCACCUUAUGAUGUUCCAGAUAGGAAUGGCAAUUUUGUGUCUCCAGUUCUUGCCGGUUUCUACAUGUUCCUGACAAUGAUAAUCCUGUUGCAGAUUUUAAUCCCCAUAUCUCUUUAUGUGUCAAUUGAGUUGGUCAAACUGGGCCAAGUGUUUUUAAUUCACAAUGACAUUGACCUGUAUGAUGAAGAAGCAGAUUUGCCCAUCCAGUGCCGUACCCUCACUAUCACUGAAGACCUUGGACAAAUCCAGUAUAUCUUCUCAGACAAAACUGGGACACUAACAGAAAACAAAAUGGUAUUUCGACGCUGUACUGUUGAUGGAAUUGAGUUUUCCCAUCAGGAGAAUGACAGGCGACUGAAAAUACAGAAAGAGUUGGAUUUCGACGAGGAUUUUGCAAAACUGCAACGUUUCACUCUUCCCCCCAUGAAUCCUGAGAGACCAGCCACUUUCAAGCACAAUACCAUGAGACCUUUGAGGAGGUGCCAGAGCGACCGGGCACGUUUCAAAGGGCACACAAGGAACAGGUCAGCCGGUCGACGCGACAGCAUCCAGUCUCAAGUGGCGUUCAGCAGCCCCAUUGAAAAGGAUGUGAUUCCCGACAGCAGGCUGCUGAGGCGAGUGCGAGAAGCUGCCCUUCAGACUGAAAGUUUUUCUCCUUUUAUACAUAUGAAGACUUCCACAUCCUUUACUGACUUUUUUCUUGCUCUUGCCAUUUGCAAUACAGUUCUGGUCUCCACAGCUACUGAGCCAAGACAAAGGAUCACAAUACCACCACCAACAAAACCUUCAGGAAUCAGCCUGGAAAAGAUUCAUCAGAUAUUUCAAAGGCUAAAAUUAGCAAGCCUUAGUCAAUCUUUUUCAUCAUCUCAGUCUAGUUCACACCUUGGUGCCAGUUUCAGUGCAAAGAACAGUGAGGAGCCUCUUGCUGUGCUGGAGACUUGUGACAAUGAAAAUGACUGCUCUGACAGCAGUAGAGGCCAGGAACUCCAGGACAAGGGCAGCACAGAUAUUGGUACUGCUUCCUUGGAUGAAGUUUUUAUGUCUGCAACUAACAGUUCUCUGCCAACAGACUUUUGUUAUGAGGCUGAGAGCCCAGAUGAGGCAGCUCUUGUCUAUGCUGCCCAGGCCUACAGCUUCAUUCUUGUGUCCCGGACACCCAAACAGGUCACUGUGCAGCUGCCACAGGGCACACUCCUGACCUUUGAUAUCCUCUACACUUUGGGAUUUGACUCAGUCAGGAAAAGGAUGUCUGUAGUGGUGAGACACCCUCUAACCAAGGAGAUUAUUGUCUACACAAAAGGUGCUGACUCUGUAAUAAUGGACCUUCUGGACAACUCUGCCAAAGGUGAUAUUAGCACAGAGAAGAGACUGAAAAGAAUAAAAGAAAGAACACAGAAGCAUCUGGACCACUAUGCCCAUGAUGGACUGCGAACUCUGUGCAUAGCUAAGAAGGUCUUGAAUGAAGAUGACUUUCAAAAAUGGGCCAAUUUUCGUCAGGAGGCAGAAGCUGCGAUUGACAACAGAGAGGAGCUCUUAAUAGAGACAGCACAGCAUCUGGAGACCAAACUCACCCUGCUGGGAGCAACAGGGAUUGAAGAUCGCCUGCAAGAUGGAGUACCUGACACUAUUGUGUCUCUCCGAGAAGCUGGGAUAAAAAUUUGGGUGUUGACAGGAGACAAACAGGAGACAGCAGUUAACAUUGCAUACUCCUGUAAACUUCUGAACCAAAGGGACACUGUCUUCACCCUUAACACUGAAAAUAAGGAAACUUGUGAAUCUCUCUUGAAUUUAACCCUGGAAGAGGUGAAGAAGAAUUAUGAGUACGACAAACCUCAAAGGAAAUUGUUUGGCAUCAUCCCAACAUCCUUCUCAGUCUCGGAGGCCCCCAGCCCUGAGUUUGGGCUGGUGAUUGAUGGACAGACUCUGAACAUCAUCUUCCAGGGCGGGCUGGAGGAGAAGUUCCUGGAGCUGACACAGCACUGCCGCUCCGUGCUCUGCUGCCGCUCCACUCCUCUGCAGAAGAGCAUGGUGGUCAAGCUCAUCCGGAGGCAGCUCAAAGUGAUGACCCUGUCCAUAGGGGAUGGUGCAAACGACGUAAGUAUGAUUCAAGCAGCUGAUGUUGGAAUUGGAAUAUCUGGCCAAGAAGGCAUGCAGGCUGUGAUGGCCAGUGACUUUGCAAUAUCCCGAUUUAAGCAUCUCAAAAAGCUCCUUCUUGUCCAUGGACAUUGGUGCUAUGCUCGCCUGGCAAAGAUGGUGAUUUACUUUUUCUACAAAAAUGUGUGCUACGUCAACCUGCUCUUCUGGUACCAGUUCUUCUGUGGCUUCUCAGGUAGCACCAUGGUAGAUUACUGGCAGAUGAUUUUUUUCAACCUCUUCUUCACCUCAGUGCCCCCUCUUCUUUUUGGAGCCCUUGAUAAAGAUCUUUCUGCAGAAACACUCCUACGUCUGCCCGAGCUGUACAAGACUGGACAAAAUUCAGAGAUAUACAACUUGUCAACUUUUAUUAUUACAAUGUUGGAUGCCUUUUAUCAAAGCCUCAUUUGCUUCUUUGUCCCCUAUUUGACAUACAAAGAUUCUGACAUAGAUGUGUUUUCCUUUGGAAACCCCAUCAACACCAUCUCCCUCCUGACCAUUCUCUUGCACCAGGCUCUAGAAAUGAAAACAUGGACCAUGCUCCAGCUGGUGACAAUGAUCUGCAGUGUGGCUUUAUACUUCAUCUUCUCAGUGAUCUACAACGCUUCCUGCCUGCUCUGCAACCCUCCCACCAACCCUUACUGGAUUAUGGAAAGACAGCUGAAAGACCCCAUCUUCUAUUUACUGUGCCUUAUUACCCCGGUCAUCGCGCUCUUACCGAGGUUCUUUAUAUUUUCUCUACGAGGAACCCUCCAAGCAUCUCUUAUUCUGAAAGCACAGCAAGCAGAUAAACUUCCUAAGGGGCAACAGGAUCUUGAAAUCCAGAAACUAAGAUCAAGAAAAGAAGCUACUUCAGGUGCACCUGUGGCAUCACCUGCAUCUAAUGAUGACCUUGACCAUAGCAUCAGCCAUUUAUGUGUGUCACCAUUUCUACAUCCAGCAGCAGCCCUGUCUCAUGGGGACACAGAAAAUCAGGGAGUUUCUGCCUCUGAUCCUCUCAGGAGAAGCACACAUGAGGAAGGUUAUUACUUCUAUAAUAGGUGGGCAGAGGAAGAAUCUCCUGUUACUGAUUCUUCAGCAGGGCCUUUCUCUGGCCAUCAUCCCCUUGUACCCAGCAGGGAAACAGCUCCUGGGCAGGAUGGUGGAAAACUGACUAAAAAUUAUCCCAAGAACUUUAGUUAUGGAAGCCACCGGCGGUCAGUGAGUUCAGUGACACUCUGAAGAAACAUUCAGACAUGGAACCCACAGCCCAUGUGCAGAAGGACUGAACAGAGAAAAUUAAAAUGUUUAUGUUUAGCCAUUACUCUCACUAGAAAUGGGGAGAGAGGUGACUGGAGUAGUGCAAUAGCAGCUCCAACAUACAACUUCAGCUGAAUGCAUCAUUGUCUGGGUUUAUCAUUACAUGACUUUUGAUCUUCCUGGUUUGGUCACAUUACAGGAACAUUACAUGAGCAUCACGCAGUUGCUGAGAAUUGCACAAUUAUUUUCUUUCAACUAAUAUUUUUGUAUCAUAUUAAUAGGGAAUACUUGUGAAGUUUCAAUGUUGUUAUUAUUAUGCUAUUGAGUUAAUAGAAAGAAAAUCCAUUCUUUAUUAAACCAAAUCUUAAAACAAUGCAUCCCACUCUAGAUUUUUACUAUCAAAAUCUUAAAAAGAGCCUAGUAACUCCCUUUAUAAUUAUAAAAAAUAUAAUUCUACAUGAGAAGUUAUUACCUGCAGAUACUAAAGGUACUUGCAGAACAACAGCAAUGGA